AUUUCAUGUCCAAUAGCUUAGGCUCUGAAGAAAAUAAGACACAACUAAAAAUAUCUGACGGGGAUACAAAUAUUGAUAUCAUUACCAUUAUGUUCGUCGAUGUUAAUGAUCGCAUUUUUAGUAUUAGAUCAUUUGCCUUAUUUUUGGGCAGUAUGUAUUCACCCUACACCCCUCAGGAGAACCCUACCGAACGAGCGAAUCGCACCAACAAGACGAUGAUGGCCCAGGUGGCACGUAAUCAGCAUAACAAGUGGGAUGAAUGUAUUCCAGAGAUUAGCCUCUCCCUUAACACGAGUAAUUCGGAAUCCACCGGGUAUAGACCAGCAUAUUUAGUCCAAGGCCGAGUACCCCGUUUACCCGCCGCGCUGUAUGAUGAAGUUGAGUUGGGCACCAGUACAGCCAAGCAUAACCCGGAGAGCAAAGCCAAAGAGUUGCAAGAAAUAUACAAGAUAGUCCGGCACCAUUUGUGUAGAUCAGCCAAGGACAAACGAAUACAUUAUAAUUUAAGGAGAAGACCAUGGAAACCAAUGAUAGGAGAUUUGGUUUUGGUAAGGCAGCACCCCUUGUCAAAAGCAGUGGCAAGUUAUGCAGCGAAGUUGGCACCAAAGUAUGAUGGCACGUACGAGGUCCUCAAUUUUGUUUCGCCUGUAAUAGUUCGCGUCCGUGAUUCGCUUACGUACGGCUGUCGUAACGCGCAUUGUCGCAGUGCGGCCACCGCUCUUAUCUACACUUAUCCCCCAUCUCUACCCACUUGA